UUUAGGCAUCAGUUGCUCAUCGGUUUCCCAUCGAACAGUCGUAAACUAAAUAUUAUCAAAAAUGAAACUGAUUGUACUCGCCGUUGCCGCGCUCGUGGCCGUCGCCCUCGCCGCGCCCGCGGAACAGGAGCCCGAGCCGCCCAAAAUUCUUCGUUCAGACUUUGAAGUUCAGCCGGACGGUGGAUAUGCUUACGCUUACGAAACCGAAGAUGGCAUCAAAAAGGACGAGAACGGCGAGCUUAAAACCGUCAAUGACGAGGAAAACAAACCACAACAAGUUGUAGUGGUGCGCGGCUCGUAUAGCUACACCGACGCAGACGGCAAACUCCACGCCGUCACCUACUUCGCUGACGAGACCGGCUUCCACGCUGAAAGCGAAGAUAUCCCGAAGGCACCAGCCCAGGCCGGCCAGGCCUAAGCAUUCGCCGUAGACAACCAAACUCUAGUUACCUUGAGCCUGUUCU